AUGCCUUGCGUGCGCGACGUCGAGGUGGACGUCACGGCGCUCCAGCUCAACGCGUCGCCGUCGGAGGCGCGCGAGGCGUCUAGCAGCUCUCUUGCUGUCCCGCUCAACGACGGCGAGCCGCUUCUCUCCCUCGCCGGCGCGGACGGCUCGGACCCUUCCUCACGGCUGCUGCUGCUGCCGACGGCGGGGCCGGCCUCGUGGCUGGCGACACCGCAGCGCGGCCACAUCCGGCUCCGCUCUGGCGAGCAGCGGCAGCGGGCGUCGAUGGCUCGCAUACACGGCGCGAUGAUGCGGCGAGCGACGCUGCUGCAGCGGCGCAACGCCGGCGCGUCGGCGUCGUCCCUGCGCGCGGUGUGGGACGCGGAGAAGCUGAAACCAAGCCACGCGUUCCUGCAUCCCUUCUUCGAAGACUUGAUUGACUCCUUGCAGGUGUGGGACGCUGACGAGCUCAACGCGACCGUCGCGGUCUUCAACCCCUCCCUCUCCGAGACCGAGCCGUUGCUCGAGCCAUGGCGCGUGACCGCCGCGGUGGCCAAGCAGCCAAACGAGCGUUUCUCGUCGGUGCGCGUCGAAGCGUCGCCGCUCCACCUCAACGUCACCCCCGCCCUGCUCGCUCUGCAGCCCCACAUCGCCGCCGUCGCCGGCGGCGGCGUGUCCGCGUCGCGCCCCGCCGCCCUCUCCACCUCCUCCCCGCCGCUGCUCGUGCGCAACCGGUCGGGCGUGCCUCUGCGCGCCGCGCUGCACGGCGACCGCCACCGCUUCCCCUCCUCCGCGGCGGUUCACGCGAGCUCGUCCGAGAGCGGUGCCUCGAGCGACCCCCUCCGACAGGCGCCUACUCCGCGCGUCAGCACCACCAGCGAAUGGAGUGUGAACGAAUCAGGCUUCUCCGCCAGCGGCCUCCCCGCCGCCGAAGCGCCGCCGCGGGCGCCGCUAGUCGAGGCGGAGAGCGACGACCCGCGCCUCGCCCGCGGCUGCUCCGCCGCCGUCUCGCUCGACGCCCUGGGCGCCGCCGACGAGAUCAGCUUUGAGGGCGGCGGAGUGCUCGGCGUGUCGAUCGAGCCCGGCCCGCCCGGCUUCGAGCUCCUCUCGUCGUCCGUCGCCGUCUGCCCGCGCUUCGUGGUGAUCAAUCGGCUGCCAGAGUCGCUGCAGCUGCGGGCCGAGGUGCUGCCCGCGCGUGGGGACGUCGAGCUGCCUGCCGCCGCGCCGCCGCACGUGGAGCUGGCGGCAGGCUCGCGCACCGACGUGUACUGCUUCGAGGGCGGCGGCGCCGACGCGGCGCUCCGAGACGCGUCCGAGCCGCUCGUGCGAGCGUCGGUGGUGGCCAAGGGGUGCACCAUCUUCAUCGCGCUCUGCGAGUACCCCCUCGCCGACAUCAAGGAGCUGCCCUCCCUCGAGCUGCCGGGCGGCCGCAAGCUGUACGUGGCGACCUUCUCGCGCCUCGGACUCGUGGGCCUCGCCGCGCCGCUCGGCGGCGCGUCGCGGCUGCAGCUGCAGCUCUGUCUGUCUGCCGUCUCGGUCUCGCUAGUCGAGUCGGGUCCGAAGGGGACGCCGCGCGAGCUGCUCGGCGCCGCGCUGCGCGGAGUCCGCCUGCGGCUCGCUCCGUCGGCCGAGGGGCUCGACACGCGUGUGUCGGUCGACUUGCUGCAGCUCGCGCCGCUCACGCUCGCUCUCGAGGCGACGGUGCUAGCCCGCCUCGCCGUCAUCGUCCCGCGAUCGCGCCAGGGGCAGGCCGGCGGUGGGGACGGCGGAGAGAGCGGUGGCGCGCACGGCGCGCGGCUGCUGGUGCAGCGGCUCUCGGCGACGCUUGAGGAGCCUCCCGACUGGUCGCGCCGGCGGCCAAUCUACAUCGAGUCGCUGCUGAUCGGCCAGAUCGACCUGACCAUCUCGAGCGCGCUCGAGGUCCAGCGCGACGACGCGCCCCGCCAGCCUGCGGGCGAGGCCGCGCGCGGCGGAGGGCUGCUUUCGGUCGGCGGCGGCGGCGCGCCGUCGGAUUGGAUGGCGGCGGCGAGCGCGGUGCCGCUGCUCGCUCACGCGCUCCAGUCGAUGGUGGUCCUCGCCAAGGGCAUCGGGCUCAACUUCGCCUCGGUCUCGGGCGUGCCGCUCUCCUUCGCCACGACGAGCCAGCAGCGCGUCUUCUACACGCCCUCCGAGCUGCUCUACCGGCUGCGGCAGACCUUCACGCGCCAGCUCUACCCGCAGCUCGGGAAGGCGGUGGGGCACUCGCAGAUGCUGGGGGACCCGCUCGGCGCCCUCUCGACGCUCGGAUCGGGCCUCAAGGGGUGCGCCACCUCCGCGAGCACUUGCUCACCGGAGGCCGCUAGCCGCUACCUGCUCGGCGGCGUCGGCGGGUUUCUGUUCGGCCCGCUGCGCCACAUCGCGGCUUCGCUCAACUCGGUGGUGGGCCGGAUGAACCGGCCGGACGACCCCCUCCUCGACGGCAGCCCGAACGCGCAGCCCGGCCGGCGGAGGGACGGCUCGAUCCGCGUGCCGCGCGGCAAGGACGCGCUGCGCACGUUCGGCUCCGGCUUCAGCGGCAUCGUGUUGAAGCCGGUCGAGGGCCUGCACAAGGACGGCGCGCUCGGCGCCGCCAAGGGCGUCGCCGAAGGCCUGGGCGGCUGCGUCGUCAACAGCGCCGUCUCGGCGCCGCUGCAGUUCGCCGCGUGGCUGUCGUCGGGCGCCGAGCAGUACGCGAUGCGCCAGAUGCCGCGGCUGGCCGGCUCGGUGCUGCCUCCGCUCCGGCCGGCGCGAGAUGCGAUGAUGCGGCUCGAGCCGCGAGAGUGCUAA